AGAGAGAGAGAAACAGUGAAAUAUACACAGAUUCCUCUCUCUCUCUCUUCCCAGCUCUGCCCACCACCGAUACUCCUCAAACCCCACCUAGGGUUUUCGUACUCCACAUUGCCGCUACCGCAUUUAGAUCACUGAAUCUAAAGCUUCAUUUUCAGAAUCUUGGUGGUGCAUGUGAAGUGACUGAAGGUCCUGAAAGGAGUCAAUGAACUGUAGAAGACAUAGCUUCUGUAUGAUCAAAGAAAGCUCUAUAUUUAUAUAGAAAAAAAUGAUGAAAGAAAGCUCGUGAUGCAUCGAAAAUGCUUCUUGAGAAAUGGAUUAAUUUGAACUUUGUAGCCUGUUUUCAACCUUUAUGGAUUAUUAUAUCCUUUUAGAUUCAUCACAUCUGGAAUAAUCCCAAGUCCCCUAAUGAUGGGUUCAUCUUCUGGUACUUGUGAAAUCAUUGAAGCAAAGGACGAGCUGAAUUCAGUUCAAAGUCCCAAAGAUAUUCAUCAAAUAAUAGCACAUGGUAAAGGUCAAAAAUCUCAACUGGGAUCUGAUCAUUCUCUGGAAGAUGAUAUCAAUAAGCUUUUCGAGGCAAUUAAUCUCAAACCACCAUCCAAGAGUCUGCAUCUUUCAGAUCAAGCAAGCACAGUCCCCUCAAGGAGAAAUUCGUUAAAGAAACCAAUUGGGGUGAGUGUGCCUCGUUCACCCGGAAAUGGAUUCUCAGAACCAGUGUCGCUGAAGCAGGCGCUAAGGGGGCUAUGUAUUUCUCAGGCAUCUGAAAUGGCUGCCAUGAAACGGUUAUCAAAGCCAAUAGGUUCUCCUAGGGUCUCAGAAGCUGGUAAGAUUGCAAGUUUGUACAGGUCCGUUGUAGUUGAAGCUGGUGAAUCUAGUGGUUCCCUAAAUGAAGUUAACAGAGAAUCUCUGGCGUCAGAAGAAGGCACGUCAAAUUCCUCCGAAAAAUUACCUGAGUGUCUGCCAGUGCCCAAGAUGAAGUCAUCCAACCAGAGUGCCAAUUCUUCUCCUCGAUUUGCGUUGACAACAACAGAAAAGGGUACAGGGUCUGAAUUAAUAAAAGAUAAAAUUAUACCUGUAACCGCAGAAGUUUGGAGUCCAAAAUUGAAGACAGAAUCAGCACAGGAAGAAAAGCUUGCAGCAGAUCCGUCUCCAUCUUGUUGUAAUAGUGGUGACAGCAUACUAGAGCCCAAGAUGAAAACGUCAAACCAAAGUGUCCAUUCUUUGCCCCAUUUUGCUUUGGCAAACACUGAAAAGGGUACAAGGCCUACAAUGAUAAAAGAUGAGAUACUUGCUUCAAAAGAAGUUCAGAGUCAAACAUUGGAGUUAGAGCUGUUACAGGAGGAAAAGCAUGCAGCAGUUUCUUCUCCUUCUUGUCAGAGCACUGGUGGUACAAUAGAGUCUGGGGAUAUUCCUGCCUCAGACAAAUUAGGGAACAAAGUCUUCGCACCAAAGUUAAGGCGGAAAGGCAGGUCACAGACACUACCUUCUUCAUCUCCUGCAAUGAAGAGCAAUAAAGGAAGCAAGUCAACAAGAAAGGCUCCACAUUUGGUGAAACCAGUCUUCAGGAACAAGCUCCUUGUUAAGAAGAAUUUAAAGCAGGUUUCAACUUCUGUUGGCUCCACUUCUAAUACUAAUAAAGAAAUUAAUGGUACCUUGGAUCUUAGCACUGGCCCAUUACUUUGCCAAAGAUGCCACUGUACUUUGACAAAUGUCGGGAAUGAGUCCAAUAAAGAUUCUCCUUCAUCCAACUGUACAAUUGUCGGUGCUGAGAUCAGCUCAAUUAAUCUGAACUCUGGUGCCAGUAAACUGGGCUUUGCUUCAAGUAACAGUAGCAAAAGCAGAACUGUGGUUGAAAACACAAGCAAGAAUGCGAAAACUAGAGAAAAGGGGGAUUUCUCUCAAAGUUCAAAAAGUAGCCUUGGCGAGUAUAGUAAUAGCACUAGCAUCAGUGAAGAGAGUGACCUCAGUGGAUCUAGUUGUGGCAAUAGGCCUCACAUGUCAAAGGACUUGAGGUGGGAAGCCAUCCGCCAUGUUAGGAAACAACAGGGAUUUCUUGGUUUGGGACAUUUUAAUCUGUUAAAGAAGCUUGGUUCUGGAGAUAUUGGUUCAGUGUAUCUUGCCGAGCUAAUCGGAACAAACUGCCUAUUUGCAAUAAAGGUUAUGGACAAUGAGUUUUUGGUCAGAAGAAAGAAGAUGCCAAGGGCCCAAACUGAAAGGGAAAUACUGAAAAUUCUGGAUCAUCCUUUUCUCCCCACACUAUAUGCACAGUUUACAUCAGAUAAUCUAUCCUGCUUGGUUAUGGAGUAUUGUCCCGGUGGAGAUCUGCAUGUCCUCCGGCAGCAGCAGCCUGGAAGAUAUUUUCCUGAGCAGGCAGCAAGGUUCUAUGUUGCUGAAGUCCUCCUUGCUUUGGAGUAUUUACAUAUGCUCGGAGUUAUCUACCGAGAUUUGAAACCAGAAAACAUUAUGGUUCGAGAAGAUGGUCACAUCAUGCUUACAGAUUUUGACCUGUCACUUAGAUGCACUGUAAGCCCAACUCUUCUGAAAUCAUCUUCAUCGAGUAUAGAGCCCCCAAAGAUGUCGGGUCCGUGCACGGCAUCCAACUGCAUUGACCCAUUCUGCAUUGAGCCAUCCUGUCAAGUCACAUGCUUCAGCCCAAGACUUUUACCUGCUGCAAAAGCAAGGAAACUAAAAGUAGACCUUGCAGCCCAGGUCAGGUUGUUGCCACAGCUUGUGGCUGAGCCAACAGAUGCCCGAUCUAACUCCUUCGUUGGGACUCAUGAAUACUUGGCUCCCGAGAUCAUCAAAGGAGAUGGCCAUGGGAGUGCUGUUGAUUGGUGGACAUUUGGUGUCUUUCUUUAUGAGCUUUUAUAUGGUAGAACACCGUUUAAAGGUGCCGGGAAUGAAGAGACAUUAGCUAAUGUGGUGUUGCAGAGCCUCAAGUUUCCAGAAUACCCACUUGUUAGUUUCCAGGCAAGGGAUCUCAUCCGAGGGCUGUUAGUUAAGGAGCCUGAGAAUCGGUUGGGAUCGGAGAAAGGGGCUGCUGAGAUCAAGCAACACCCCUUCUUUGAUGGCUUAAAUUGGGCACUGAUACGCUGUACCAUUCCACCUCAAUUGCCUGAGUUUUGUGAUGUUGGAAUUGUAAACGCGGCCUCUCAGGAGACGGGUAGAAAGUAUCUGGAGUAUGGGAUUGCAGGAGAGCACGUGGAGUUUGAAUUGUUCUAGAAAAAGAACUUAUACUUCAGGUAUUUACCUUCCUCUCCUCCCUUGUAACUAAUAUGUAAAUUUAGUAUGAUGAAUGUUGUAGAAAAGCUGUCAUGUAUGAUGUCAGAAAAUCGGUUGCUGAGACCUUCAUAAAAUGUCUUGAAAAGAUUGGUCCUAUUAUGAGAGCUGGCUGUUUCACCACGGAUUUGACAUUGUUCUACUAAGUGGUGUUGAGCCAAAUUUAUAACCAAUCAAGAGGUUGAUCCUGCAAUAUUGACAGUGAUAUCCUUUAUAUUGGAAGCAGAAACUGUAGGAAUUGAUAUUCCUUUUGAAAUCUUUAUAUUUUAGUGACAUCAUGAAGUUUUUAUCUUGCU